CGCACAUCUGCACGCACGGGUGUACGGCCCAUGACGCCAGACUCGACCUCAAGUCGGUCAAGCGCGUCACCCUCGGGUAUGCUCAAAACGUGAAGGCACACGCUGCCUCUCACCGAACGAGUGGGCGCACACACGACGCGCAAAACGCCGCCUCCGACGAGGGCAUCCGUACACGGCAGACACGCACAGUGAUCGACCCUGGACUUCAGCACGAAGUGCAGGGCAAACCGCCGAGCUCACCUGCCGGCACUCCUCACAGCCCUCGCGAACGACGAGCGGCUCGUAUCACGAUCGUAGCCGCCGAACAUCACCCAACGCCGCCACCACUCGACGCACCCAGUAGCACGUCCACCGGUGAUGGCGACAAUGACAGCAGCAAUGACGAAGACGACGAGGGCAACACAGUACCCUCGCCCAGCCAUCACGCCGCGUUGGCACGCCAGACCGCGUCAAACUGCUCGCCUCCUUCUCCGCCUCAGCGCGAAAUCGAGAAGGAGCACUUACCUGCCAUCUCAAAGGCCACAGCAUCUCUCUCACACACUCGGACUCAACGCGCAGCCACUCCCGCUCCCGCUCCAAAGGCUUCAAAGAGCCAUGUCCGUCAAUCCACAUGCGCGCCCAGCGCUGAUUCGCGACGACGAUCCGUGGUCCUCUGUCAGCGCAUACAAGCCCAAGACAUUUCCAGGAGGCCUUGGAGCCAAGACGAAGCGGGCAGUAGAGACUCCAGAAGUCCAGAAGAGAGCCAGAAGCAAAGAAGAACAGUCAGAGAGAGGAGGGAAGAACGCGCAUCAAGUGGGCGCAGUCGAACGCGACAAGGCUCGCGCGGGCGCUACGGGUCACUCAGUUGACGAUGAACCUCGGAGAAUCAACGUCAGAUGCGGAUCAACGGAAAUCAGUGACAACGGAAGAACUUACCCCGUUUGUCAAGGCCACACUCAACGACGAGUACGACCAUCCACGCACCGCAAUCGGGCACAAUUCAGGGGAAGUCACACAGCGCAGACAGCGUACAGCAAGCAGCCCGAGUUCUCAAAUCUGCACAGACGGACUCAAGAAACCCUACGCCACAGGCACUUACCAUUCAAUCUGUGCAAGUCACAACAUCUGCUGAAGACCCUCGGUCGCGCACAGCACAAGCAGCAUGAAGGAUUCAAUUAGUGUUCUAAAAGUAGGUCCGCAUUCCCACUGAGUGGGCGUGUUGGAAGUCAUACGGACUU